AUGGGCAAUUCUCAAGGGAGACAGGUCACCUCCGACAAUGAGGUGAACCUGAAUCAUUUCCGUCUGCUUCGUGUGGUCGGGAAGGGUGCCUUUGGCAAGGUCCGUAUCGUGGAGAAGAAAGACACAGGCUUGACCUUUGCAUUGAAGUAUAUCCGCAAGGAAGAAGUGGUCCGUUCUGAAAGUGUCCGCAAUAUCAUCCGCGAACGGCGAAUGCUCGAGCACCUGAACCAUCCCUUCCUUUGCAAUUUACGAUACAGCUUCCAAGAUAUAGAGUACAUAUACAUUGUGGUGGAUUUAAUGAAUGGCGGUGAUUUGCGGUUCCACAUCUCGCGAAAGUGCUUCACUGAAGACGCGGUACGGUUCUGGCUCGCUGAGCUUGGCUGCGCUCUAAGAUAUAUCCACUCGCAAGGUAUCAUCCACAGAGAUGUCAAGCCGGACAAUGUGCUGUUAGACUCUGAGGGACACGUCCAUUUGGCCGAUUUUAAUGUGGCAUCCGAUUUUCGUCCUGGGAAACCCCUCACGAGCAAAUCAGGAACCCUGGCAUAUCUUGCUCCUGAAGUCUAUGAAGGCGGGGGGUACUAUUUCGAAGUCGACUGGUGGUCAUUAGGCGUUACGUUUUACGAGUGCAUCUACAACAAGCGACCAUUCGAGGGCCGGUCUCAAGACGUCCUCAGCGAAAAUAUCAAACGAGCACAGCCAAAAUAUUAUGUCACGAACCCCGCCGUUUCCAUCCCCUGUUUGCGCGCAAUGUCCGCACUGAUAGAAAAGGACCGCAGCAGGCGAAUCGGUGCCAUCAGCUUCGAGAGCUUUACGUCACACCAGUUCUUUGCGGAUAUCGAUUUUGCCGCACUGGAACGAAAAGAAAUCCCACCGGUUUUCCGUCCGUCGAGUGACAAGACCAAUUUCGAUGCGACAUAUGAUCUGGAAGAGCUACUUUUGGAAGAGGCGCCGCUCGAAGCUAGAGCCAGAAGGCAGAAGCCAAGAGCCGAGUUGCGGGAUGAUGCGACGGCCAAGGAGAUCCGUGAGGACGAGCUCCACCGACUGAUUGAAACGAUGUUUGAGCCGUUUGAUUAUACAAUUGUGAAUUACAGAGGAAAUGCCGCCGAGGCAAUUGCAGCGUCAACAAACCCCGAAGAGUGCCUACAAACCACUAAUUCCUCAACUCAUUCCCGACACUAUUCCCAUCCCGAUUCUGCGCGAGGCUCCCCUGUCCGGACCGAGGGAUCCCCCACUCGUAUGACGGCACAAGACACGCAGUCUUCUAUUGGCGAGGCGCUAGAAAGCACCAGCAGUCAACCGCCCGCUCCUUUGUCUCAACCGCCGCCGCCGCCGCCAGCUCCUAAUUUCCACCGUCCUUUCGUUCCCCCGCCACCUAUGCGACCGCGCCCAACAGCGCGCAAGACUAGUAAAGGUGGAGGCGUGCAAAUGGUUCUCGAAGAGGCGGGCAGCUGGAGCGAGCUGGCAGACCAGAGUGCUACCAUACCCGCGGACGGAUACGAUGCUGCCAACAAGGGCAAACCGAGCAACAGCGGCAUGCUUGCGUUCCUGAGCCGCAAAAAGGGGCGUGACCGGAGCCCGAAACCGCAGGAGCCUGGUGUCCUUGGGAAAGAGGGAGCUCGGCAGAUCAUCAGCUGA